AUCCCUGACAACACUGACUCUGCAAAGCAUUUAUUUUCACAUUACUGUUUCCGUUUUAUUCCUAUUAUAAAUCCUAUAGCGAUGUAGAUAAACGCAUAAUGAGGGGAAGAGAGAUACAGUAAUAAAAAAAUGCAGGAUUUGUCAAGUGGAGGAGGACAAUAUACGUCACAUUUGUAUACUGGAUAAACAGUGAAGGGAAAAUACUGGAGCUGCAUGUGCUGUUGUCAUCUGAAUUUCAUCUAAACUAACAUACGUAUAGAGUGGCUCACAUGGCCAACACAGAAAUAUGACAAUCUGUCAACACAAAUCCAUGCUGCAUUGCACACGGAAUGGACUCCAAUGGUGAUGAAAAUCAGGAAUGGACAGAGGACCAGUGGGAGAAAUGUGUAACGUGUAGGCAGGCCGGACCGGCUGAAGACAGGAACGGAUGAGGACGAUGAUGCGAGAACCCAAGUGCAGUUUAUUCAGAAAUCCUAAACGUGAAUUCAAACAAAUGUGAAAGUACAAAAGAAAACCAUGAACCAAAACAAGAACUUGAACAUGAACUAUGACUAGGACUUGACAAGAAUAAACAGGCUGACUCAUGACAUCGGUUUGGAUGAAUUUGAAGAUGAAGAUCUGUCAGAAAUCACAGAAAUCACUGAUGAGUUUGUACUCAGGGGGCGCAGCUGCGACAUCAAGGAUCAUGUGAAGAAGGCACCCAGUGGUGGUCUGCAGGAGAUGGAGGCGGGAGCAGUGGCUCAGAUCCAGUCAGAGGAACAGCCCAUACAUAUCAUUGACGCUGUGGACAGGACUCAGAGAGGGGCCUGUCAACACGACAGCAAAGCACCUGCUAUGGAUUCACCUGCUCUUCCUGUCACCAUGGAUACCUACCGUCCAAAAAGACCCACCACUCUCAACUUAUUCCCGCAGGUACCCCGUACACAGGACACUUUAAACAACAACUCAUUUGCAAAGAAGUUCAGUUGGCAGGAGAAAAUCUCUCAGUCAUCAUCGCCCCUAAAAACAGGAGAGUUGACUCCAUCUCACGAGCACAUCUGUCUAAGCGAUGACGAGAAGCUCCAGCAGAUCAGCAGUGGAAGUCGGGUUCAUUUGAAAGACUGUGGCACCUCAACUGACAAGCCACCCAUCAGUUGCUUCUCCAAAAAGACUCUUUCUUCUGCCCCACCCUGUAAAGCCAGCGUUCACCGAGAGGCAGGCCACUGCGAGCGGAUUCGUUACCACAACGAUGUUCGUCUUGAAGCUACAGAAGAAAUCUAUCUGACACCAAUUCAGCGUUGCACCGAGGCUGUGGAACACGAGAGAACCUCUGCGCUCGUCCAGGUCAUCGAGCAAAGGCCAACGUCUGACAACGAAGCACCACCACCAUAUGAGCCCCCUUUUCAUGAGCAGAUGAUUCCCUCUGUCAGAGAACAAGAGGAGAUGCUUCAACCGCCUUCAUAUUCCUCAUGUGUGGAAGCGUUGGCAACUCGAGAUCCUGACAGCAGCAGUGAAGAAGUCAUCGGAGAUCUGUGUUAUAGAGAUUGUGGUGCUGGAGAGACUCAUGCGCCUCAUGAGAGCUUGCCAGGAACUCUGAUACACUCUGGUACACUUCGGACGUCUGUGAGCAACUCAGAUGCAAGUGGACUUUCCUAUGAUUCUGUGAAAUACACAUUGGUUGUGGACGAAUAUGAUCAGUUGGAGCUGGUCAGCUUGAAACAGUGUUACCGUGGCUACAGCAAUGACAGCGAUUCUGCGACGCUCUACGAUAACUGCGUGUCCUCUCCGUACGAGUCGGCUCUAGAGAAAGAGUAUGAGGAGGAUGAGGAUGAAGACAAGGGAAGAAAACUGUGUGGGAUCCGAUGCAAAGCUUCAAGCUGCCCUUCAGAGGACUCCACGCCUGAAGCUGACAUUCCAUUUUCUCGAAAAUUUGUUAAUGUCUUCAUGAACGGCUACUCACGCUCUUCCAGUACAGAAUCAUUUGGUUUAUUUUCUUGCACAAUUAAUGGGCAGGAGAGGGAACAGACUCACAGAGCUGUCUACAGAUUUGUUCCUCGUCAUGAAGAUGAGCUGGAGCUGGAUGUUAAUGACCCUCUGUUGGUGGAGGUAGAGGAUGAGGAUUAUUGGUAUGAAGGCUACAACAUGAGAACAGGAGCACGCGGCAUCUUUCCUGCUUAUUAUGCCACUGAGGUCUUCAAGGAGCCAGAGCAUUUAAAAGUAACAAGUUCUCAAUGGGUGCAGCAGUACAGUCUGAAAUUUCUCGGCUCAGUCCAAGUGUUGUAUCACAAAGGCAAUGAUGUGCUGUGUGCAGCUAUGCAGAAGAUCGCGAUGAAUAGGAGACUGACGGUACACUAUAAUCCACCCUCAUCUUGUGUGCUGGAGAUUAAUGUGAAGGGACUAAAACUCACAGUGCAGGACGAUUAUGUAAGAAGCAGCCAGUAUAGUCACUUUUUUCAUUUGAAAAAUGUAUCAUUUUGUGGCUACCAUCCCAAAAACAGAAAGUAUUUUGGUUUCAUCACAAAACACCCAGCUGAUGAGCGAUUCGCCUGUCAUGUGUUUGUGUCUGAGAACUCCACUAAACCGCUGGCAGAGUCUGUGAGGAAGGCGUUCCACUUAUACUACAAAGAGUUUGUGGAGGUCACGUGUCCGACAGAAGAUAUCUACCUGGAAUAAAUAGCAUCACCUCCUCACUGCAAUGAGCUGUACAGCAAUGUAUAUAAUAACUACACUACAGGAAUAUAUGAGAAAUAAUAUCAGAAAAUAAUCAAAGACUAAUAUAUCUGACAAACAAUAAGGACCAAAUGUGAGGAAGAGAGCUGUGUGUAAAUGCUGAUUAUAUGCACAAAUGAAUUUAUGGAUUUAAGGAAGUCAUCCUCUGAUCAAGGCACAAGAACUUCAGGAGAACUAAAAAAAGAAAUAUGAUACGAUAUAAAAGACUGACAUUAUUUCCCAGAAUGUUGAGGAUUUUAGAGGUUUUUGAAUGUUUUGCGAGAGUGCUUUUUACUGCUUUUGCUUGUGUGUUGUGGUUCUGUAUUUGCUUCAAGCUUAACAUAUAGAUAAGAAACAGAAUUUUCUUCUAUUUUUAAUAGCACAAAAUACACUGUGUAAAACACAUGUACAUUCUGAACUACAAAAUACUACAAAAACUCAUUAAUGUUAACCAGUUGAGAUAGUCUAACCAAAACCAUCUUGUGAUGUCUACAGUACUUUACAGGUUUACCAGCAUAAAUAAUUUCUACCUGUAAUGUAAAACUGAUUAAUGUCCACUUUUUCUGCUCUAGUUGGUCACCAAAUAAAAAAAUUAAAUAUAUAUAUAUAUAUAUAUAUAAUACAGUGCCAUUCACUUGUUUGAAUCCACAUCUGGGAUUUGGAAAUAAACAAAAAGUGUUUUAGAUUUUGAAAAAUGUAAAACAAAUAAAUAUUGUGACAUGAUUAAGAAGUAUUUAAAAUUCUGCACUAUUUCUAGGUCACUAAUGCAGUAGUGCAUGCUGUCAUUAAAAGAAUAUUCCGGGUUUAAUACAAGUUAAGCUUAAUUGACAGCAUCAUUUGUGGCAUAAUGUUAAUUAACACAAAAACGAGGGGGCCUGAGUAGCUCACCACCCCUGGAGUCAUGAGUUCGAAUCCAGGGUGUGCUGCGUGACUCCAGCCAGGUCUCCUAAGCAACCAAAUUGGCCCGGUUGCUAGGGAGGAAGAGUCACAUGGGAUAACCUCCUCGUGGUCGCGAUUGGGGGUUCUCGCUCUCAAUGGGGCACGUGGUAAGUUGUGCGUGGAUCGCGGAGAGUAGUAUGAGCCUCCACAUGCUGUGAGUCUCCAUGGUUUCAUGCCAAAGAGUCAUGUGAUAAGAUGCGCGGAUUGACGGUCUCAGAAGUGGAGGCAACUGAGACUUGUCCUCCACCACCCGGAUUGAGGUGAGUAACUGCACCACAACAAGGACCUACUAAGUAGUGGGAAUUGGGCAUUCCAAAUUGGGAGAAAAGGGGCCAAAAAACAAACAAACAAUGUAAACCACUUUUAAACAACUUUACAGCUCAAAUAAAUACACGUUUUAACAGAUACAUUAAAGCAAGUGCUUUUAUACAAUUAUAUGCUUCACAUUUUUGCCUUUAAAAAAUUUGCCCCAUUGAAUUUCAUUGUAAGUGCUUCACUGUAACACAGAUUUUUGCCUUUUUAUUUUUUUUUUGGUAAUCAACAUUAUGCCACCAGUGCUGUCGAUUGAGCUUAACUUGUACUGAACCUGGAAUAUUCCUUUAAGGCUCUUCACUAUUUAGGUCACUAAUGAAAUAAGAAAAUUUGUGACAUGUGAUAAUGCUCAAUAUAAGCGUUUUCACAGGUGGAUUCAGAUUUUGAAUGGCGGAUAUACUGCAUAAUUCAGGAAAUAUAUAAUUCAAAUACAAGUCUCGAAUAUCACCACAUGCUAACAGGUGUAAAGCAAUUUUCAUUUGUUUAUCUUGUUAUUCUGUCUGCAUUGUCAAGAAUCAAAUAGUAAAAAGAUUGAGUCAUUUACAGUUGCUCCUUACAUCCCUCUCCCAUUCAUAAUUACAAUGGUAAUUGUUACCAAAUCCAAAAGACACCACAGUGCCAUGAAGUUCCCUUUGAAACUUUUUUUUGAAGUUCCCUUUGAGUGACUCGAAGUAAUAAAUGGACUCCAGUAGAGCUGCCUCUUCACUGUUGAGCUGUGUGAGGUCACCAGAGCUUCUUCUCCUGAGCUAAUUCUUGUAAACGUUUUGAGCUUAAAUUAUGUACAAAUAAUGUGUGCUCAUUAAAGGCUUGUUCAAUGGCAUUUUUGAAUGUUGGACGUUAAUUAAAUUAAAUAUAGAUAUUCCCCCACCUCAACCCAAAAUCCAUUGCUAACACCUUUGACUUAAAACUUGACAUGCAAUUUGAACAUUAAGACAUGCAUUUUGUCAAUCCAUGCACACCCUACACAGAUUGUCGUAAAUCAUCCUUCACUGUCAAUUAACGUGAGUGGUAUUUGUUCUGUUUGGAGUAUGGAAAGCGUGGCUUCGCAUUGUGGUGUGGCUGGUCAUUAUUAGUUUUUGGUUCAUCAGUCCUGAUUCUUUCAGCCGGAAAAAGUCAAAUGGCUUUUCUCUGAUUGUCAGAUGUUGUUUAUUGUGUCCGAUUAGCGAGCGCGUUUCCACGUCAUUCUUACACCGAUUACUUAAUAAACUGACAGCAUGUGCAUGGUCAUGCAAACACAUAAAACGGCUUUCUUUAUCGGUGUAUGGUCAUAAACGGCGAAAUAAUAAACCCAUCGACACGGGUAGAUCUUUGCCCAUUACCCCAUUUUCGCAUUGCAUGUAAACACCUUUACCAUUCUUACUGGCUUAUCCAAUGUGCGCACGCGUUGACAACAAACGCAAUAACGCGAUUAUAUUAAAUCUCAUGUAAAUGCUGUCUUCUUUGUCAGAUUUUUUAAAUAGGCUAUUUUUCGUGAGUUAUUGGCAUAGUG